AUGAAGAAGACGAAGGGCAAGGCCCCGGCGUCGGCGGCCGCAGCCGGACCUGCUCCGAAGAAGAGAGAACCCCAUGGAACCGCUCGGAAACGGGGACGACGAAGUGACGCCGGUGACCUGAUCAGCCGCCUUCCCGAUGCCAUCCUCGGCACCAUCAUCUCCCUCCUCCCCACCAAGGACGGCGGCCGCACGCAGGCGCUCUCUCGACGAUGGCGCCACCUGUGGCGCUCCGCACCUCUCAACCUCGAGGUCUGCCUCUGGCAGACCACCGCCGCCCACGUCCUAGCCGCCCGCACCAUAAUCUCCCGGCACGCUGGCCCCGGCCGCCGAUUCUGCUUCCCAUGCCUCCGCGGCCGCGUCACCUGUGCCGAGUUGGAGACUUGGUUGCGCUCCCCAGCCCUCGCCGGCCUCCAGGAGCUUCAUAUCAGCUACGGGCACUACUCUGCACCAGCGGGGACGAGCUACCCGCUGCCGCCGUCUGUGCUCCUCAAAGUUUAA